CAGAGUCAUAAUCUUCUUUCUUAUUUCUCCUAGCUAGCUCCCAAAGUCCAAACAUUACUACUCAAUCAAAAUGCCUAAUAAUUCAUUCCCCAUUCUCCUACCCUCCAUUCUCUCUCUCCUCCUCCUCUCAUUCCCACAUGGCCAUCACCGCCGUCUCCUCGCGGCUGCGGACGCAACCUUCAUCCAGCAAACCUGCAAAACCACCAAACACUACGACCUCUGCGUCUCCUCCCUCAAGUCCGACCCCACAAGCCUGCAGGCCUCCGACGCCAAAGGCCUCGCAAAUAUCAUGAUCGCCAUCGGAGUCGCCAACUCCACCGCCACCUCCGCCUACAUCUCCUCCCAACUGCCAAGCACCACCACCACCACCGCAGCCGCCGCGAAGAAGAAGGCAGUGUUCAAGGAGUGUGCUGAUAAGUAUGGCUAUGCAGCCGAGGCGCUGCAGGCGUCAGCGCAGGAUUUGGCGGCGGAGAGCUUCGACUACACUUACAUGCACGUCACCGCGGCUGCGGAUUAUCCCAACUCUUGCCACAACGCCUUCAGGAGAUACCCCGGCUUGCCUUACCCGACUGAGCUUGCGCGUAGAGAGGAUGGUUUGAAGCGUAUCUGUGAUGUGGUGUUGGGAAUUAUUGAUAAUCUUGGUUGGUAAUCUAUCGGAUUAUAAUUUAUCUACCGAUCGAAAUCACACGGUGGCAGUGUUCAGCACUACUGGUGUUAUAAAUAAUACUACUUUUGUUCCACUGAAAAUUUCUUCAUAUGUUAGUACUGUGUUUUCAUGGCACAUUGUGGGACUAAUGUAGGUAUAAGAUUAGUAGUUGUCUCCAUAUAGCUAGCCGUACGUUGUUAUUAUUCUGCUAAUUAAAUGUGUAUUAAUUAUGUUGUUGACAAUAAUUAUGGUUUUGGCAGUUUGAUUUGGUAAUUGUCAAGAUUUGUAUGCUUUACUAUUAUUAUCAAGAUGUGUAUUGACGUUAUAAUUAA